GGUCAAUUUGUAUUGUUCUUAUAUAAGUAACUUUUAUGUAUACUAUUCAUACAUUUCGUUGUUCAAUAUUUGCAAUGCAGGCGAUUAUCUUACUUGUAUGUUUGUGUGAAGUAAUAGUAAUAUAUGCAAAUAAUGACAUUAGCUGUAAACAGACGAGUAAAACCAUUAAUACAACAGUUGGAUCCACAAACGUUUUAAAAUGUCUCGUCAGUAAACAGUUGCCGUCCACUUGGGAGUAUGGAAACUUUACUAUUGCAGACGGGACAAAAAUAAACCCAAAGUUUCAACACAAGUUUACUAUUAAUCGCAUCGGCCAAGAAUACAAUUUACAAAUAUCCAAUAUCUCGACAACUGAUAGUGGGAAAUACUAUUGCGUACAAAAAAGUUUCCAGUACUGUGUAGAGUUAUUCGUAAUAGAGGCUCCAGAAAUUUCUGUUAUUCAGCUUGGCGAUGGUUCCUUGGUGUGUAUUGCAAGUGGUUUUCCAGAUAACUAUAGCUUCUCUAGAUGGGAACACAAAUCUUCAACGGGGAAACACUUAAGAUAUCUAAAUGGGACCGAAAAUGGAAUUCUGAAUUUUGACACUUUGGAGGCAAACAGUGGACUUAUGUACAAUUUGGACGGAAUAUAUGUUUGUCAAAUUGGUAAUCACAGGGCAGAAAAUGAUGAAGGCAGUUUUCAAAAUGGGUUUGCAGAUAUCAUAUUUAAAGGAAAGCCAGAAUGUCUUGGUAGAACUGUUGAAAUUGCUCAAACAGAUGGUUCUAUCACAUUACAAGUCAAUGUUUACAGUUCAAGCAAUAUAUCUUGCAACUUGAUUGAUUCGGAGGAGGACCUUCCUGUAAAACAGUCACCAAAACACAAAGUAACAAUAACUAAAAGUCAAACAAUGGUAGAAAUGUAUAAUCAUCAAGUACGACUAAAUUCAACCAAAAUCAUUUUGGAGAUAUUUGACAUUGAUCAGCAAGACACAAGAAGCUACAGACUUAAAGUAUCUAAUGAGUAUGGAAAACGUUACUGUACCGUAUUAUUACCAGAGAAACGAAAGGGAAGGAGGAAACACGGCACAGUCAAAUUAGCAUUACUAUCAUGUGGAAGUGCUGGUUUUUUAUUGUUGAUUAUUGCUAUUGUUUUGAUAAAAAUUGGAAAACACAGAGUUUCAAAGAAAACACAAAAGAGAGAAAACAUAUGCUACCACAGACAUGAGAAACAGUUCAAUACAUAUUCUAUGGCGAAAAUGAGAAAUGAAGUAUUCGAAGAGGUGACACUCAACAUGGAUGAACGUGACAAGGGAAAACGAUUUACAAUAUGUUCUGUAAUACAAGACGUUUAGCAGUGACGCAUAUUAGACUUAAAACCACUCAAACUUCGUUUGGUUUUCACCAGCUUCAAGGACAUUAGUUGUUGUUUUUCCAAUAAGCAACAUUUUAAGUCCGUUGGAGUUCUAUAACUCUAUUAAAAAAAAAGUUAUUAUAUCAAUAACUCAGAUGCGGCAGCUAGUUUCAUAUUUCAUCUUUCCAUGCAGUCAUCUUGUUGUACAAAUUAAUAAUUUGGUUUGGUGUUCAAACAGUUCUUCAUGUCUAUAAAUUCAUUCACAGUCCAUCCUGUACAGAUGUGUAUACUUUAUGACCAUAGCAG